AUGACCUCCACCCAUCUCCUUACCUUACGUCUCCUUUCCGCCGCUCCAAUCAACUUCCGCCACCCUGCGUCGCCUUCCGCUGCCCUACCGAUCCUUCCGCCACGAUCUCCGCCCAUCUCCCUACCUCACGUCUCCUUUCCGCCGCCCCUAGUCAGCUUCCGCCACCCCACAUCGCAUUCCGCUGCCCUACCUAUCCUUCCGCCCAUAUCCUUACCUUACGUCUCCUUUCCGCCACCCCUAGUCAACUUCCGCCGCCCUGCGUCGCCUUCCGCCGCCCUACCGAUCCUUCCGCCACGAUCUCCGCCCAUAUCCCUACCUCACAUCUCCUUUUCGCCGCCCUACGUCGCCUUCCACUGCCCUACCGAUCCUUCCGCCACGAUCUCCGCCCAUCUCCCUACCUCACGUCUCCUUUCCGCCGCCCCUAGUCAACUUCCGCCGCCUCAACUCGUCUUCCGCUGCCCUACCUAUCCUUCCGCCACGACUUCCGCCCAUCUCCUUACCCUACGACUCCUUUCCGCCGCCCAAGAGCACCUUCCGCCGCUCCACAUCUCCUUCCGCCGCCCCACAUCUCCUUCCGCCGCCCGAAACUAUCGAUACCAAUACCAUUAUGCCAGUUCCUGA